UGGAGUUAAAAACGCUAUUUAAACUGUGUACAAAAACGAUUGCAGUCGAGGUAUUGAGGACUGCAAAGUGCAAGCUGGAUAGUCUGGAUUGAAAUAAGCGUGUUAUAGAAAUCUUCUCUUUGUUUAGGUCACCGCUUACUAGGGUUUCUUCGAGUAUUCUUAAUUCCUCAUCCAGGAGUGAUCCAGGACCUAUGGAUCUGGAGGUGGUGGGUCGUCACGCUAUUUUCUUCGAUGACGAUGCCAUGGCGGCCUUUGUCAACUCCACGGAUGCGCUUGUCGAAUGGAACUCUCUCAUUAUCGACCGCUACGACGUCCGUCACCUUCUCUCUUCCCCACCUCUGCAAACCAGGCGGUCUCUUUCUUCUCUAUCUCAUGCUAUCGACUCGUCUCUUAAAUCCGAGCUAGAUUUGGAACGCUAUCUCGAUCUUCCAAUAUCUGUUAAUCAUCAAGGUGAUUCAUUUGGUACGAUGCAUUUGUUUCCGUUGGCACGUACACAGUAUGUUCCUUCUAUCAACUGAGCUCAGUGGAGAGAAGCACUUUUUUUUAGAUUUUCUUCUUUAGUGCGUUAUGUGUUCAGACGCCUUUUUUUCAAUGAAUGGUUUGGUUUAUGAUUUGAAGUUACAAAGCGCAAUUCAUGAUUAUUCCUUAAGGGGUGUUUGGAACCGAUCCUGGGAUCAGAAUAGGAAUCAGUUUUUACACAAACACUCAUGCAUUUUUAAGAAUCAGAUUCAAACACCCCCUAAAUCACACUUCUUUGGGAAUUUUGAUUGGUUAAUAACUACGUAUAAAUUAGAAUAAGAAAUGGUAAUUAUAGGUAAGUGUGAUAGGAAAUAGUAGUUUGCUGUACAGAUUGAUCACAUGACACAAGGUCCAUUUAGAAAUGAUUUGGCCGUACACUUGUUAGAUUUAAAGGGAACUGAUAUUCUAUGUUCGGGGGCUUCUAUAAUCACAUGGCUCUUUUCUGUACAGAAAAAGAAGAAGAUGGUGUACAUUUAGACAAUAAUACAGGUAGAUACAAUGCCAUCCCAUUCUCUUAUGGAAAUGUCAAUGGUGAAGCUGAAGAAGUGAGCCAUGAUAUGGGAAUUCAUAGCUCUGGAUUUCGUCCUCCCUUCAAUGUGCCUGAACACCUUCAAUGCUUGGUGAGUUUAUGUGCUUCAGUCUACUUUUAUGACUGUUGGCAUUGUCUGUUACUUGCUAACAAUGUUUCACCAUGUGGAAGAGACGAGUGCCUAAAUUCUAUACUAUUCCUCACCAUGUCUAAGAUUUCAGAAUUCAAAUGCUCGGAGCAGUGGAGUUAAUGUCAUCUAAGGUUGCCAUUCACAGGUGGGAUUAGGAAUGUAAUAAUGUUUCUUUGCAAGGACAGUAAUCUAUAUUGCUUGAGAGGAAAUGCUCUACUUAAUGAUCAUCAUAUUGUAAAAACUCUCCUAGUAGGCAAUUACUUCACACAUCUGAUUAAAUUUGGAUCAUGAGAUUAUUUUGUAAGAUUGUAGUUUCUAUUUGAUAGUCUAAUGUAUUUGAAGCCAACUUUUGACGGAAAACGUAUUGAUUUUUUAUUUUCCAGCCACCAUCUGAGAAGGUCCAUCAAAUAAUUGCAAGGACUGCUCUAUUUGUUAGUAGUCAUGGUGGGCAAUCUGAAAUUGUUUUGAGGGUGAAACAGGGAGAUAACCCAACAUUUGGCUUCUUAAUGCCAGAUCAUCACCUACAUCCAUAUUAUAGGUUUCUUGUUGAUCACCAAGAGCUUUUGCAUUCCAAUGGUGACAUGAAACCACAAACUGGAGAAAGAAAGGUUGUCAAUGAGCCAGACGGUGCAUUAUCCUUGCUUGGUUCUGUUUAUGGAUCAGGAGAGGACGAGGAUGUUUCUAACAAAACAACCUCCGAUGAAGCUGUUGAUGCAGUCCCUAAUGCACAGAAGGAACAAUUUAGUGCACUUUUGCCUAAGCAAGAUGAGUCAGUUUUGAAACAUCCUUUUCAUUCUGGUGGUUUAGAUAAUGAGAAAACUCAUAUUCUGAAAAAGAAUCCUCUGGUUGGUGGAUUUAACGGUGGAAGCACAAGUCAUAAAAAACCGAAAGAUGACCAUGUAUCUGUGUCUGUUCAUGCAGCACUAGAGAAGCUUAAGGCAUCUGGUCUUGGGAUAACACUUAAGACUGAACCUGUGGCUCUAGAGCCUCCAUCCGAUUUGAAAAAAUUGAUUGGCAAGAUUGUUGAAUUCAUACGGAAGAAUGGGAAGCAGUUUGAAGCAACACUUAUAGAACAGGAUAAUAAGCAUUGCAGGUUUCCGUUUCUUCUCCCAUCCAACAUGUAUCAUCCUUACUAUUUAAAAGUUCUCCAUGGUUCUCAAGAGACAAAAUACAGUGGCAAUAGCUUACAAUCUGGGAGUGAUGGUUCACUUGGGAAACGACCAGAAGAAAGAGCGUCAUUGUCUUUAGUAUCUGGUGAUGGUGAUCUUCCUUAUGAAAAUGAUAAGAAGGAGAAAUUUAAGAUGGUGAUUGGGAAAUCAAAGAAGGAAUCGCAGGAACAGUUAGAUAAAGCACCACAGCAAGAGAAUGGAGGGUUCAGUGUAGAUGCCGCUUCGGCUGCCGCGAUACUUCAAGCGGCUGCCAGGGGCAUCAAGAAUCCCAAUAUAGCAAUAUUCUCAAAAACUGCUGAGAAUGCUGAGACUAGUGCAGAAGCCGAUUCUUGUGAUCCACAGUUAAGUAAGGAACAGCAGCUGAAAGCGGAGAGGUUGAAGAAGGCAAAGAUGUUUGUGGCUAUGCUGAAAAAUAGGUCUGUCCCUUCACUUAAAGGUGAGCCUUCACGUGCAGUGUCAUCAGAACCACAUUAUUCUGGUCAAUUAGAUGGUAAUCGUUCAGACCAAGGUGAAGGACUGAAAUUCAUAGAUGAGUACAGUGCAAAGCGAUCAAUGAGGAAGUACAGAUCAAAUGCUUCGAGACAUGAAGAGGAUGAAGAGGAUGAGGGAGAAACGGAACAUCAAUCUCUUGGUAGUGAUCACAAAUCUUUAAGGCAUAUGCCAGAUGAUGACAAAGGAGAAAAAAGUGAAGAUAGGAAGGAACAUAGACGUUCUAAGAGGAAGAAGCACCACCAGUCACAUCACUCAGAUGAAGAUAGUGAUGUUUCUGACAGAUAUGAAGAGGAAAGGCGAAGUCGGAGACACUCUAGGAAGAACCACCGAUCCCAUAAUAAGCGCGAUGAUGAUGAUGACGAGAUAGAUGAAGAAAAACACCAUAGACACUCCAGAAAAAAGCACAAAUCUCAUAAUUCCUCGAAGAACACAAGCAGACAUGAACGGUCAAAAAGAGCUUCUCAUUGUGAUGAUGAACAUCAUAGAAACAAAUCUGAUAAACUAAGAAAAGGUGCUGCUGAUGGGGAAGAUUUGGAGGAAGGAGAGAUUAGCAAAGUGUCGGAUCAGUCCACUAGAGGACUGGUAUGCAGAGAAGCUUCUAAUGACGUUUCAAGUCCACCAAGAUCAACAUCUCAACCCUCUGAUGAACUUAGGGCCAAGAUACGUGCCAUGUUGAUGGAAGCUAGAAGGUAGAGCCGUAGAGCUUCGAGAUUGUAGGCUUUUUGUACUGAAGAUGUGUGAAUAUCAUACUCAGUACUGUUGUACUCGAUUUGAUCCCCACUUGAUAAUCAUUGUUUUCCCUAGUUCAUGUUUAUAAAAGAGACAAUUUUGUAUCUUCACCUGAACAGUUGAACUCUCAAAUAUUAAUUAUUAGUACGCUCCCUAGCAUGAAGGAGGGUGGGGUGCAGGAGCUCUUUGAAGUAA